AUGCUCCCUCUAUUAUCAUUUCUCAACCUUUAUUCUCCAUUCCUCUCCUGUUCCUCCUCUCACUGGUCUUCUCUCAGAUUUUCCUCCGCGUUCGCGGAUUUCAUUCUCACCCCUCUUCCUCCCCUCACUUCUCAUAUCUGCCUCCGUGUUCGCUGCUUUGUGAUCGCUGCUCUGUGUUCGCUGCUCUGCGAUCGUUGCUCCGUGUUCGCUACUCCACGUUCAUUGUUAUGUGACUGCUGCUCUGCGCUCGUUGCUUCUCGUUCCCUACGUUUGCUGCUCCACGUUCGUUGCUCCGCGUUCCCUGCGUUUGCUGCUCCGCGUUCCCUGCUCCGCAUUUGUUGCUCUGUGUUCGUUGCUCCGCGACCACUCUUCUGCGUUCGCGGUCUCCGCAACCACUGCUCUAUGUUCCCUACUUGCAUUUGCAUUUUGUGA